AUGGAUAAAGACGCCAUCAUACCGAAUGGUACCCUAUUUAACAAGACCCUUCUACUGUUCUUGAGUUUAGUAUUCAUGGCUAUCACGGUCGCCGUACUACCACUGUGUUCACCAUAUGAACUGAUGCUGGCGAUCUUAUUGGCUAAUGCGUGUUUUAUUGGCGGAUUGGAUACAGCCUGGGCCCACGAAAAUCUCCUCAACAUAACUGGCAAAGUCACAUCUUUAAUUUUAGUUGCAGCAUCAGUCGGCACCGUGAUCAAUCCUAUUAUUAUUGGAUACUUGAUGGAAGAGUUAACUCCCAUGUGGUACUGUUAUUUAUUAGUAUUUGGUUAUUAA